AUGUGGACGGGUGCGGAGAAAUCUGCAAAAAAACUGUUGUUUUUGUUAGAGGAUUGGAAAAAGAGCGACACUAUGCCAUCGGGAGGUCAGAUGUAUCCUCCCAUCAAACCCAAAGUUAUUGUGCCUGGUAAUGACGAAGGUAGUGCGACUGUUGAAAAACAAGAGGUGAAAGGUAAAUGGUGCAAAAAGAAGCAACCGACCCAGACAUUGUUGAGUCCAUUUACUGAUCAUUUGAGGAAGAAGAGGAUGAUGAGUGUUUCGGAUGCGGAGGCAACCCCGCCAUGUUUUGAUCCAACUAAACCCCUGCCCAUUGAAGAUGUCAAGGCAGUAAUAGAGUUUUGCACUGCCUGGAAAAACGAUAUAAGUGCGGAGGUGCAACUGGAAUCAUGUUCAGUGGGCCCUCAGUUUUUCUACAAACUUAUCGAUGAUACGGAAUAG